UUGAAAUGUACUUUAGUGAAAAUUCUUUUGGUAACAGCCGUGGGGGACGAUCACAACAGCCAAGCUACUGGCAGAAUUCCUCUUCAGGGAUUGGUGGUGGUUACAAAAGUGGAUUCAACUCGACGAAGCAAAAUUGCAGCAACUCUGCACCGGUAUUACCAAUUAGCAAAGACAACUAUAAGCCGGUUGCUUCUGUCAAAACUCGAGCUCAGUCCGAGGUUGAUCGUUGGAUGGCGGACAAUGAUGUGACGGUAAAUGGCGAGAAUGUGCCGUGCCCUGUUUUUGAAUUUGAAGAAUCAACUUUUCCAGGAGUGAUUGUCAAUCUUUUGUUGAAGCAUUUUCAAAAGCCUACACCAAUUCAAAGCAUUAGUUGGCCUGUAGCUUUGAGCGGUCAUGACUUGAUCUCAAUCGCUAAAACUGGUUCUGGCAAAACUUUGGGUUUCAUCUUGCCAGCUAUUAUUCAUGUCAAGAACCAGCCUAAGCGCGAAAUGCGUGAGGGACCUUUAGUUGUUGUGCUUCUUCCGACUCGUGAGUUGGCUCUUCAGGUUGAGGAGGUUGCAAAGGAAUAUUGCGAUGUAGCAGACCUUAAGGCUACUUGCUGCUACGGAGGCGCCUCCAAAGGGCCACAAGCACGUGAUUUGAUGUAUGGUGUUGAUAUUUGCAUCGCUACUCCAGGGCGACUUUUGGAUUUUCUUGACAAUGGCACUACUAACAUGGGACGAUGUAGUUAUUUUGUGCUUGAUGAAGCUGAUCGAAUGCUUGACAUGGGCUUUGAGCCUCAAAUUCGCCGAAUUGCAGAUCAGAUUCGCGAAGUGCGUAGAUUGGCAGCUGAUUUUCAUACGGAUCCAGUUCAUUUGCAUGUUGGAUCUCUUGACUUGGCAGCAAAUCAUAAUAUACUUCAGACUGUUGAAUGCCUUGAAGAUCAUCAGAAGAAUAACAAACUUUUUGAGAUCCUCGACAAUAUUUUGGGUGAAGACGGUAAAACAAAGACUUUAAUCUUCGUUGAGACUAAGCGAAAGGCUGAUGACUUGACCCGUUGGAUGAGACAGGACGGCUGGCCAGCACUUUGUAUCCAUGGUGACAAGGAACAACGAGAACGUGAAUGGGUUUUGGCAGAGUUCAAGGCUUCUCGUACUCCAAUUCUUAUAGCCACUGAUGUUGCUGCUCGGGGAUUAGAUGUUGAUGAUGUGAAAUUUGUUAUCAAUUUUGAUUAUCCGAACAAUUCUGAAGAUUAUGUUCAUCGAAUUGGACGAACGGGACGUAGAGAUCGCUCUGGCACGGCGAUAACUUUUUUCACAUCAAAUAAUGCUCCCAAAGCACGAGAUUUGAUUAAAGUCCUUGAGGAAGCAAAUCAGAAUGUGCCAGCGAGACUUGCCGAUUUUGCUAAUGGCACUUUCUAUGAACAAAAUGGAUUUCGCUCUCGUCGUGGUGGUGAUUUUACGGGAAGUAACUCUUUCCCUGUUGGUGGAGGUGGCGGUCGUGGUCAGUCGUUUGGGAAUGGAGGUGGCGGAUAUAGUGGACGAACUUCUCGUGGUGGUGGAGGAAGCCGUGGUCAAUCUUUUGGAAAUGGGGGUGACGGAUAUAGUGGAGGUGGAGGAAGCCGUGGUCAAAGUUUUGGAAAUGGUGGUAGCCGUGGAAGAGGUGGUGGACAAAGCUUUAGUCGCGGUGGAGGAGGAAGUUCUUACAAUUUUGGUGGUGAUGGUGGAGGAUCGGAUGCGACCAAUGGUGGAGGCUGGGGUAAUGCCAAUGCUAGUGCAUGGUGA